UGUAGGCCAAAUAAGCAUAGCAACAAGUCCCCACUGGAUGCCAGUAAUGACACCAACUCACUGCUGUUCUGAAGUGACUUCCAUUCAAUCAAAGACCUAAUUGGUUUCAUUGGGGUUAGUGGGAGGAUUAUAUCUACCUUCUCAGUUUAAACCGAGCAAAGACAGUCUCUAUGUUGUUGGAUACAUAUAUACCUGUGUGAAUAUUUAUUCAUUUAUCUUGCUACAAUUUUUAAAGGUGGGGUCUGGUCAUUUGAAAUGUAUACACUCGUGUUUCAAACACUAAGUUUAAAAUAAUAAACAGUCUCCACCCUUGGACUGUACUGUGAUUUAACAUCAAGUUAAAUAGAGAACUUAAAUAAAUCUAAUUUAAACCAUGCCUAAAAAUAAUUACAGAACAGUGCUCUCGUACAAUGUAAAUGACAAAAAGGAGUCUAACUUCAGUGAUCAAGCUUUGGCCAAAAGAAAAACAAGGCAAGGAACUGAAAAGAAAAAUAUGACCUAUCUCUUUAAAUGAGCUUCAGUGUCAUGUCGUUGGCCCCGCCUCUAGGUCCUCUUUCCGGCCUAUCGGAGCGCAGUGCACGUGACGAGCGGUCUGUGCGAUGACCUCAUCCCUGGUGUGGGAUGACGUCAAAUUCAAGAUGGAUGGAAUCACGACCAGCGGCAGAAAUCUACACAGCACUGAAUAAAGUCCCGGCUGUGAGGAGGAGAGCGUAUUGACGACGGGCAGGCCAUGGAGAGCCUAGUGCAUUACAGCAACCCCUCCCAUGCCCUGUCAGUGUUGGGGGUUCUGAAUGAGCAGCGCCUGCGAGGCCAGAUGUGUGACGUAGUCCUGGUCGUGGCGGACCAGAGGUACCAGGCCCAUAAAAGUGUUCUGGCCACCACCAGUGAGUAUUUCCAGAUCCUGUUCACACGGACGGACGCAGAUUCUCUGAACGUUGUGAACUUGGACUUCUGUGAGCCCGACGCCUUCGAGAUAGUUCUGAAUUACAUUUACUCCUCCUCACUAUUUGUGGACAAAGGCAGCCUGGCAGCCAUUCAAGAGCUGGGCUACAGCCUUGGAAUCCCUUACCUCACCAACAUCGUGUCAACAAGGCCCCAUGCGUCCUACUGUGUGUCCAGAAAAAGGCUUUCGUUCUCAGAGGGCGAUGAGAUCGAUGUCCAGACAAGGAGUGUCAUUGUGCGUCGGGUCCGGAACGACACAACCCAUCCCCCUCGCUCGAAUUAUGAGAGGAAAGCAUCAGAGAGAUCGUCUUCCCCUUUCUCGGCGAAAGAGUCCGCUAUGCCGCCAUCGGAAUACAACGUGUAUGAAUCUCUCAGAAACUCUGAAGCCAUCUGCAGGAAGUCAUCUGAGCAGAGUAAAGCUGCCGAGAGGAAGUCCAUCUAUCCGUACAGCUCCAUAUUAAAAGGGAACUCAUCCGUUCGGCCCCAGCUGACAUCAUCUGUGUCUUUCUGUGAUGCGGAAGUGCAGUCCACCCGGCUGCAGGACACUAAAUUGGAGGACGAGGAGCUGCAGGCUCACUAUCACACCCAAGUGCCCUUCCGUGGUCAAGCCAGUGAGCCAAGCCAGACCAUUGACAGGAGCGGGCCGCUCAUUAAAAGCCUCCUCCGAAGAUCGUUGUCCAUGGACAGUCCCGUUCCGGUCUUCUCGCCCACGCUGGAGCUCAAGGGGCUGCAAAACCGCGAACACUCGGUUGUCAAAAUGGCAUCAAAAACAUCUGAGCCAGAAACAUCUGCUCACAAUGGCAAUUCAAAUAGAACAUCUCCCCUGGUUCUCAGGUCAAAGUACCCCAGCAGGUAUGAUGAAAAUACUCAGGUAAAAGGAGAGUACAGUGUAAAAGAUGAGCCCAGCAGUCCACUCGCUGAUCCCAUGGACAUUAUUCAAAUCACAGUCGGAGAUGCCUUGCCUGUCAAUCUCAGAGACUUGCAAACGGAUUGCGAGCAAGAUUCAAGGUCAGACUUCAAUCCCUUUGGGAAAAGAAAGGAUAGGCCGGACAACCGAAGGUACCCGUUCAAGAAGAACAAAAUAUUUAAGGAACACACCCUCUCACUUGAUGAGAAUGUGUCAGACACAGUACCUCAGAUCGCCGACAGCGAUUCCAAUGAAAACAGCGGGGAGAUGCCCCAGAACAAUAUUUUCAAAUGCUGGAACUGUUUGAAGGUGUUCAGGUCCAGCGCCGGACUACACCGCCAUGUAAAUAUGUAUCACAACCCCGAAAAGCCGUAUGCUUGCGACAUCUGCCAUAAGCGCUUCCAUACCAACUUCAAAGUGUGGACUCACUGCCAAACUCAACAUGGUGUAUUACAAAACCCAGCGUCGUCCUCCAGCUCCUCGGUGCUGGAUGAGAAAUUUCAGAAGAAACUGAUAGAUAUCGUGCGAGAGCGGGAAAUCAAGAAAGCCCUGCUUUGGAAGUUAAAGAGGAAUAAGCAGGGUCUGCAAUCUUCUGCACUCGCCAAGAAAAGAUCAAGGCCCAGCUUCAUAUGUCCUUACUGUGGGAAGGUAUUUGUGUUCCAGUCUCAGUACAGACAGCAUUUAAGAACGCACCCGGCUGAAAAAGCUGACGAGGACAUGGAGAGCGAGAGCCUCCUCUACCAGGAGCAGGAUGAGAACAUUCAACAGCAGGACGCAGACGCUGGCGUUUACUCCUGUCGACUCUGUCAUAUGAAGCUGUCGUCACUCUUCGAGCAGGGCGACCACGAGAGGGGCUGUCGACACGCAACGGUGUGCCCCUACUGCGGCCUCCGCUUCUCGAGUCCAACGGUCAAGACGGACCACGAGGCUCACUGUAAAUACAAGAAACUGACGUGCCUGGAGUGCAUGCGGACCUUCAAGUCCUCCUUCAGCAUAUGGCGCCACCAGGUGGAGGUCCACAACCACAACAUGAUGACGGUCAAAGACCAGAUUCACCUGAGGCAGCACAGCGACGAGGCGUCUGAAAUGCUCGGCGAGGAGCAGUACGCCGACGAGCCUCUGGCCCCCGGGAGCUCAAGAGAGGUCAUCGCUUACAGCGACUCCUCGGGCCCGCCCAUGUACGAUUCUGAAGACUCCUCGUCCUAUGUGCCUGAGGACCUGAGCAUGGCCCACCAUGGCAAGCUGGUGGUGAAAGAAGAGCCGUUUGAGGAGGCUGUGAGUGAGAUGGAGAACGCCGAGUCAGCCAAAGGGGGGCCCGAGGAACCCGGCGUGUGGCCGUGCGAGAAAUGCGGAAACCUCUUCAGCUCUCGCAAAGACCUGGAGCGACACCAGGAGCUGCUCUGCCACAUCAAGCCCUUCAUCUGUCACAUCUGCAACAAAGCCUUCAGGACCAACUUCCGCCUUUGGAGCCACUUCCAGUCCCACAUGUCGACUGCGAACGAGCCCGGAGCCAAAGAGAUCGACAGGGAGCUGUCGUCCCUGUCGCCCUCCCCGCCCGCGACCCCUCAAAGCGCUGACCGCCCCUCCCCCGAGGCCGCCGUGUUCAAGUCCACCCAGGCGGCGCCGGUGGCUGCAGCGAUGGCCGAGGAGUCCAGCAGCCCGGAGCCCUGCGGCUCGUCGGCGAGCAAGGCCAAGAGGCUGGAGCUCGAGCGGCAAGCCGGCAGCCCUCUGUCGAGGUCCAACAGCAUGGAGAACGCAGGCGGCCCUCAGGAUUCCGACACGCUCUUUUAUCACGCGCCGUCUCUCUCGGCCCUGACCUUCAAGAGGCAGUACAUGUGUAAACUCUGUCACAGGACCUUCAAGACGGCCUUUAGUCUCUGGAGCCACGAGCAGAGUCACAGCCACGUGUGAGCACCAGGCCGGUUGUGGUGGUGCACUUGAGACGAGACUUCAUCUUACAAUGAACACACCUCAGCCGACAAAAGGAAGACUCUGAAUGUAUAGCUUGUUUGCUUGCCUCCAGUGUCAUAUAUAUUGAAUGUGCUAGAAUUCUCUGUGAGAUGAGAUGAUGAUAACUGUUUGGUUUUCUUUCCCCUACAAAAUGAGCUAUAAGCAUUUAGCAAUUUUUAACCAUGUUUAGUUGUUUUCUUGUAUUUACCUAUCUUGGUGUUUUUGAGAAAGCAAGGGACAAAGUUGCUCCAGCUGUGCCACUUUUACAGUGGCAAACAUGUACAUUGUUUUCUCAGAGUGGAAAAAGUGCUUCAAAUUAUAAUGGCAGUCGCAGUAAAUUCAAAAGAUGUGAUUUUUGACCCUUCUACCGGAUUUAUCUCUCGCAGUGAGCGACAUCCCUUCAUAUGAUAUUGGUGGCCUCAAUAAUGACUUUCAAAAUGCACUUUGUUUAACAGUUUGAUUCUGUUAGAGAGAGGGGGGGGAGGGGAGUCCCAAAUGUUCACUAGUCCUUUCACUGACUGAGGUUUUUUAGGCUGCCUUAGUAUACAUGAUGAAUAGUCACGUAGUUUUGUUUCAACAUACUUAGCAUCCGUCUGCAUUGGUUCUCUCACGUUUGAGUUUCUUAUUGCAUUUGCGUCAUUUUGUGUAAUGGGGCCGAUUGAAUAAUAAAUUGUCAAAACCUGCACAUGAAACCCACCUCAGACACCUGUUGUUUUAGGCCUCGCAUUUCAGGAUGCAGCCUCGAUUAGUCGUGUACAGUCUCAUGCAGUUCCUUACUGCUCGCCUUGAGGAAUAUUUUCUUUGUAUGUAUACAGAUGAAUGAGAAGUGCAAUCAUACGAUUUGAAAGUUGUUUUCUUCAUCACAUUAAUGUCUUUGAAUCAUUCUAACUUAUUGUUAAAAAGCUCAUUUGUAAAAGGUGCUCAGACCAGCUUAGUAAUGGAACACAAAGGGGGGGGGGGGGAUUUCACAGUAUCCUAAAUACUAGAUGACAUCAUUUAAACUCGAAGAAGAAUGUUUGAAAAAGCACACUGCAGGAUGGUAAUGCAGUUUAUGGUUAUACUCAAGUAAUAGAAAUGAAAUAAAUGACAUUUGUUAUAUAUUAAUUAAACAUUGUCACAAUUUCUCAAUCACUAAAGUCCACCACUCCAGUGCAACACCAGUGUGGCAAUUAAUCAAGCUUUGCAGUUCUUUAAUGGCCUUAUGCAAUUUUGUAAAAUAUUUUGUCGAUUUUAUUAUUUUACACAAAAGCACAACAGAGUUUCAGAUGAUUUAUGACUCAGGCUUUUCAAGAAGAGGGAAGCAUGAGGACGCAGAUCUUUUAUUCUAUGAAUGGUGAGAAAGUGUUCCUGCUCCCUAACGAUUUAUUAUUAAAGGUUGUGUUGAUUGUAUUCCAGUUGUUUCACAAUUGUAUUCUUGUACAAGUAUAUAGUUAUGCUUUGGCUUGAUGGAUUAGACCUUCGUCAUAAAUUAUUACAGUUGCUACAAUUUGGGAGAUGUUGCAUUCAAAGAGUGCUCCAAACUAUGGGAAUUUGUUUUCCUCUGAGACGCGAGCUGCAUUGUGAUGUUAAAUUCUUUGGAGAACGUCUGUAUUGAUAAUAGUGCUCUUAAUUUCUCGUGAUGAAAGACUUCCUGAAAGUUUCACAGAAAUGAUUAGAAAUCGUGUACAUGGAAGUGUUUGUAUUCUCGAUUUUGUACCAAUUUUGUUAGUAAACAAAGGUUUUAUCUUUUUAGUAUCCCUGUGCUCUCACUGCAAUAAUGAAUAUUUGUAUCGGCAUUGGUUGCAUUAUUGUUGCUUUUGGAAACUUGCAGCUGUUUUGUGUUUAGGUUUUUCUACAGUUUUUGUGCUUCGAUUCUGUAAUAAAGAGUAACAAUGGAGUAUAUAUACAA